AAUUCUGCCUGUUCAUCCACUGAUUUCUCUAAUAGGCUAAGAGUAUUUCGUCUUAUACCAAGAUAGUACUAGAAAAUAAUAGCACCAAAUAUGGAAAGUAAGCAUGAGCUCUGAAAAUGUACGUCAAUGAUGACGAAAUAUUUAAAUUUACAUUCUUCUUAGAACGGCCGACUCUGAUUGGCUUGAGUAGCUCCAAGCUCCUCCUAUUGUACGGAUUUUACUUCAGAAAAGCUCGGGGUGUGCUUUAACCGUACGACUAAACCAUUAAUUGUUGUGUAGGUGAACAUCGCGUUAAAACAUGUAGCUUUUUUUUUAUUAAUGUACAUAUGAUUUGAAAUAGUUUGAAAUGUUUAAACCCUAAGUGUAGUUGUAAUAUUUCAUGUAUAUAAUAACUUAAUACAUUAUGCUAUUUUAUUAGUGCAUGAAAAUCUAAUCUACUGAACUCCCCUAUCAAGAAUUGUCACGUUGGAGUAAGAUGAAACUUCUACCGGCAUUUUUCCAUACAAUAAAAAAAAAAUCAACGACACGUCUAAGCAGAGUCAAACAUGGCUUUUACAAGUGUUAAAUAGGUCUGUAAGCUUAUUUCUUGCUUAGCCAAACUUAAAGCCAUUCGUCUUUUAUCAGUUUAAACUGCAGUUCCUGUCGACCGAAGAAGAACAAUGUAUCCGGCUCGGCGCUGUUCAUCGCUGUUUCACCGAGACCUGGCCGCGGUCUGUCUCUCAUCGCUGGGGACACAUCCAAAGAAACCCGGUCCGCUGAAGAAAAGCAGUCUUCCGAGUUCACGAGUUCAUCUUCCUCCAACAAGGUCAAACUCAUCGCCAGUUCUGCUCAGUUCUUUACAAGUGUGUCAGAUGGGCAGCAGCAGCAGCAGACUCUUCAGUACUGUGGCCCAAACUCUGAGCAGCGCUGCGCUGACAGACCUGCAUGUAGAUACUGAUGAUGAUGAGUAUGAGCAGGCUGACCGUGAUGCGCUGCUGCGUGAAUGCGAGGAUGUUUUGAGGAACCGGCCUCCUCGACUGCACCGAGACUUCAUGAUGACCGGAGCCUGCUCACUGCAGAGCGCCCCCAUCCGCGUCAUGCAGUGGAACAUCUUAGCACAAGCUCUGGGUGAAGGCAAGGAUGGUUUUGUGCGCUGCCCAAUGGAGGCGUUGAACUGGUCAGAGAGGAAGUAUCUCAUUCUGGAGGAGAUCCUAACCUACAAGCCAGAUGUGUUGUGUCUACAGGAGGUGGACCACUACUUUGACACCUUCCAGCCUGUGCUCGCCAGCUUGGGCUACCAGAGCAGCUUCUGCCCCAAGCCAUGCUCCCCCUGCCUGGACGUUCACAAUAACAACGGCCCCGACGGCUGCGCUCUGUUCUUCAACCGCCGUCGCUUCCAGCUGCUCCACACCGCUCAUCUCAGACUCUCUGCCAUGAUGCUCAAAACCAACCAGGUUGCUAUCGUGGCUACGCUUCGCUGCAGGUUCACAGGUCGAGUCUUCUGCGUGGCAGUAACACACUUGAAAGCGCGGAGCGGCUGGGAGGCGUUUCGAAGCGCACAGGGGGCUCACCUCCUCCAGCAGCUCUGUGAACUAACCACACAGUCACACACAGAGAUGGAUGAUGAAAACCGGACUAGAGUUGGGGAAACCAAAGACGGUAUUCCGUUAGUGGUAUGUGGGGAUUUUAAUGCGGAGCCAAGUGAGGAAGUGUAUAGGCGCUUUAUGACUUCUCCUCUGGGGCUAGAUAGUGCUUACAAGUGUCUAAGUGAGGACGGGAACACAGAGCCACCCUACACUAGCUGGAAGAUCCGGCCCAGCGGAGAGAGCCGCUCCACCUUGGACUACAUUUGGUACUCAGAAAGAGCAUUUCAGGUGGAUGCUGUGCUAAAGAUACCAAGCGAAGAGCAGAUCGGGCCGGACCGGCUUCCGUCGUAUCAUUAUCCUUCUGAUCAUCUGUCACUGGUGUGUGACCUUAGUUUUAGUCAGAAGCCUCAUAGGUUCAUGUAGCUGUCAAUCAUUAGUGCUCUCCAAUAGGGAUCCAGAGCAGCUUAGGACAUUAGGAUUAUGUGUGCACAAGUCUGAAUGUGACAAUGCAUUAUUUGCAUCAUUGCAAAGAAUGUAACACAUUUUAUUCAUCUAAGCCUUAUUUUUACCUGCUGAUGUAGGUCUUAAUGCACCUCUUUUUUUAUUAUUUUCUUCGAUGGAGAUUAAUUAUUAUUAUUAUUAUGCUCACUGUUUGUUUAACAGAGGUUGUACAAUAUAUUGUAAUUUAUUAAGUGCUAGAGGAUGAUCUCAGGAAGAUGCACAUUCUCGAUUAAAAGGUUCCACAAGUGGAAAGAUGUUUAUAUUUAUACUGACUGUACAUUUUCUUUUCUUUUAGUAACACUGUAAUCAUUGAUAUGUUUGCCAUUGACCAGUAAUCUCUAAAUACAUCAGUGUAUUUAAA